CAGUGUGCAUGAUAUGAUUGUUCUUCGAUUGGUUGUGACUGGGUCGUUGCGUUGUGAUUGCUUCUGCCGAUGUUGCAGCGAGGUGAAGGUGAUAACAACGCCGGCGACGGAACUGGAGGCCCAUGGGCGGGCGAGCCCUGGUUACAUCUCUUCCGGAAGCCCAUCCCUCGCGAAUCGCCUACGGGGCUUUUCCCAAGCCGAGACGUACGGCGCUUUCCGCCGCCGCCGCCGCCAUGCUCCGGCGAUCCCUCCGCACCCUUCACCGCCUAACCAUCACCCGCAACGCCCCCUGCGAUCCUGUCCCCCUCCACUCGUUCUGGAGUUCACAUAUCGAGCUCAUACCUGGUCAGUGUAACAAGCAUACUACCAGAGAUUUCGCUACUAAUAAUAGGGUUACCAGUGGUCGAGUACAUCAGCAAAAGGAAUCGAAACCAACUACGCUUGCGAAGCUCCUUGACCUCCAAGAUUCAAAAGAAGUUGUUUACAACACCCUUGAUGCUUGGGUUGCCUUUGAGGAGGAUUUUCCUCUGGCCUCACUAAAGAAAGCACUUACAGCCCUUGAAAAGGAGGAACAGUGGCAUAGAAUUGUCCAAGUAUCGUAUAUUGUGAUAAAAUGGAUGCUGAGCAAAGGGCAAGGAAAUACAAUGAGAACAUACGAGCUAUUAGUGUGUGCACUUGAGAAGGAUAAUAGAGCUGAGGAAGCACAUAGAAUCUGGCAAAAGAAAAUAGCCCAUGACCUGCAUUCAGUUCCUUGGCGUUUCUGCCAUCUUAUAUUGGCUAUCUACUACAGAAAUAAUAUGCUAGACAGGCUCGUGAAGCUCUUCAAAGAACUUGAAGCAUGUGGUCGUAAACCUCCAAGCAAGGAUAUUAUACGGAAAGUUGAAGAUGCAUACGAAAUUCUUGGACUAAUAGGGGAAAAGAAAGCUUUGCUUGACAAACACAAGGAUUUAUACAACAAGCCAUCUCGAAAUGAUCGAAAGAAAGGCUCUAAAUUGAAGAAGACUGAUAUGGACAAGACAGCUGCUGAUGGCAGCACACAAAGCAAGAUGGAAACAUCUGAAAAUCUGCCACAUCACGAUUGCCCUUCAGAUAAGGAAUCUGUCAUGACCAUUUAGUCAAGAUAAGAGAUUCAUUACUGAUCCACUAAUAAGGCCUUCAGAUCAGACCAGAACCAUAGGCUGCCGACAUUAGCGAUCGCCAUGCCCUCAGCAAGCCUUCAGAUCAGACCAGAACCAGAGGCUGCCAACAUUAGCGAUCGCCAUGCCCUCAGCAAAGGUUUUCCCUAAGUAGCUGUCUAGCUGAGGCAAUCAAUAGUGCGUGCCAACCUAAUUUGACAACAUGCCGUCUCAUUUAUUUCUGAUGUUAUCGAUAGUUGGCGCUAAUCUGAUUUUUCUUUUUCUCCGCUUGCUUAGGCCAAAAGUAUCUAUCCCACUGCCACCAAUAGUUACUCUUAUCUUUGUAUUUGUAAAUAAAACUGAAAUUUUUGGGUUCCUUUUCCUACUAAUAAAGUGUUGGCGUUUCCAUUUCU